UCAUCGCCUCUCGAAUCUCAUUCUUAGGCUACAAAGCAAAAGAGAGCGGAAACUAAUUGUCUUUCGCACCAAAAAGGGGGCGGAGAGACUGUGCUUGAGGAGCUCUAAUGGCGGACAAACCCCAGCCGGUGCGCGUUUUGUACUGUCCGGUCUGCAGUUUGCCGGCGGAGUAUUGCGAAUUCGGACCCGAUUUCGAAAAAUGCAAGCCCUGGUUGAUCCAAAAUGCUCCCGACCUCUAUCCCGAUCUUCUCAAAGAGGCCAAUGCGAAGGAAGCUGGUGAAGUUUCUAAUAAACUGCAAUCGACCAGUAUCUCAUCUGCUGCUGGUGAUGGAGCUACUUCUUCAGCGCCUAAGCAAGAGGAAGUGAAACGUCUUCCUGGUGGCAAGAUAAAGAAAAAAGAGAGGCAAGAAGUUAUCAUUGAGAAGGUUACUCGCAAUAAGAGAAAGUGCAUUACAACUGUAAAAGGGUUAGACCUUUUUGGAGUUAAACUAAGUGAUGCUUCAAAGAAACUUGGAAAGAAGUUUGCUACUGGGGCCUCUGUGGUUAAGGGGCCAACUGAGAAAGAGCAAAUUGAUGUUCAAGGGGACAUAUCUUAUGACAUUGUGGAUUUCAUCACCGAGACUUGGCGUGAUGUCCCAGAAACUGCAAUUUUCUUCAUCGAAGAUGGGAAGAAGGUUCCUGCUGCCUGACAAUGAAAUCAUGGCAAACAAAUAAUAUGUGGGCUUCUGUGCAUCCUUUUCCCUUCUUGUGCGAGUCCUUUAAAGAUUCCACAAGUAAGUGGUCAUUACAGUUUUUUUUUUUUUUUUUUUUUUCAGUUCCAAAAACCUUUGUAUCGGAUCACGAGACUUUUUGUCCUACUUUCUUCAAUCCUUGUACCUUUUCUCAGGAGAUGAGCUUUUAUUUAUUUUGGCCUUUUUUAUUUAGGGAAGAAAAAAGAAAAAAGAAAUAUAUAUCUUGGUCAAACUCUGUUCCAACUUAUGGGUUAUUUGUAUAGAGGACUAUAUCUCGAUAUUAUAAUUUUUUUUUCUACCCUUUA